GUGAUAAUAAAAGUAGCAAUGUUUUAUUUUUCAUUAGAACAAUCCUAGUUAAACUAUAUUGGAAUACUAUAAAAGUGUCUGAUGAGGAUGUUGCUUUUCCCUGGAACAGAAGCUAGAUAUCAUCAGUAAUAAAUUUGUUUGCUCUGAAGAGCAUGAAACCAUGUGCUGUUAGAGUUGAUUUUGUGACUGUGGAUGACUGUGCCCCAAAUGCAAAUAUUAGCAUUGUAGAUAAAACCAAUGGUAGUGAAUUGUAAAUGAGCCAGUUAGAAACUAACUUUAUAAGGUUAUUUUGAAAGUAAAAGUCAACCUACAGUGGAUGUCGUCUCUGGUUAAGGACAGACUGUGGUCAGUUUUUUAUUAUUCUAAGCAAUCUUCACAAAGGAACUUCGUGAUUGACAUCACUGCUGGAAUCUGUAAUUGAGGGUUAUUACUGAACGCAUGGACCGCCAAAACUGCAUUAUUCAUCUCUGAACAUUAAACCCAGGAAUGGAAAUGUUUGGAAUUAAACUCAAGAAGAAGAAAAAAGCAGAGAAGGGGCUAGUGAUUUCAAACAAAGGUGCACAAGAUGUAGAUGAAAUACAUGCGGCUCAAGCAACCACAGACGGGGGGGAACCUGAAGAUACCAGCUUGACUGGCCCUUCCAGCAGUGGUUCUAGCAAAGCCAAAGUAAAAAAAAGAUCCAUUCCAGUAUCGAGAAUUUAUGACAGUGACAGCAAACCCCAGACUUACCAGAUUGCUAUAAACAUCAUUGAGGCUCGGCAACUGGUUGGGGAAAACACUGACCCGGGGGUGGUGAUUGAAGUUGGAGAUGAAAGAAAACAAUCUACAGUAAAGGAGGGAACAAACGCACCAUUUUACAAUGAGUACUUUGUAUUUGACUUCAUUGGUCCACAAGAAUUGCUCUUUGACAAGAUUAUCAAACUUUCUGUCAUGCAUUCUAAGAUUAUGCGCAGCUUCUUGAUUGGAUCUUUUAAACUGGAUGUAGGAACAGUUUAUGAGCAGCCAGGUCACCAAUUCUGCAAUAAGUGGGCAGUACUUACUGAUCCAGCUGAUAUUAGAACAGGUGUCAAAGGCUAUCUAAAAUGUGAUAUCCGUGUCAUUGGGAAAGGGGACACUGUACAGACCACAGAGAAAGCCAGUGAUACAGAGGAACACAUUGAAAAGAAUCUUCUGCUUCCCAAAGGGUUUCCAUCAGAAAGACCAUGGGCCAGGUUUUACAUCAAGGUCUACAGAGCAGAAGGCCUUCCCAGGAUGAACUCAAGCAUCAUGGCCAACAUGACAAAGGCAUUCAGGGGAGAUGAUAAGGACCUUAUAGACCCAUAUGUGGUUGUUGCCUUUUCUGGUCAAAUGGGUCGAACAGCCGUCCAGAAAAGUUCUGCUCAUCCGGUUUGGAAUGAGCAGAUUGUCUUCAAAGAAAUGUUCCCUCCUCUUUGUAGAAGAGUUAAAAUCCAGGUGUGGGAUGAAGGGAGCAUGAAUGAUGUGGCUGUAGGAACUCACUAUAUUGAUCUAAGAAAAAUCUCAAAUGAACAGGAUGGGGACAAAGGAUUCUUGCCCACCUUUGGCCCAGCAUGGAUCAAUCUUUAUGGUUCAGCCCGUAACUUCAGCCUAAUGGAUGACAAUCAAACACUCAAUGAAGGUGUUGGCGAGGGCGUUUCCUUCAGGGGUCGUAUCCUGGUGGAAUUAGCUGUGGAGAUCCUUUCCGGAGCAGCAGCCGACUCAAAAUUAACUAAAAUAGCAAAAGAUUUGAAACUUUCACCUAAGGACUCAAAAGAUCCCAAAGGUUUGGGAAAAGAGCAGAAGGUACCUGCAGCAGGGGAGGAGGCAAAGUCAGCAGCAAGUGAAAGGAUAGUCGCCAACAGGACUGAAGUUAUUGCUAUUGAAUCCCCUCCUCAGAUCACAGAAGACAGCAUGGAGAGUUUUCUUCUGUUUGGCGUGGUUUUUGACGCAACAAUGAUUGACAGGAAGAUAGGAGAUAAGUCCAUCAGCUUUGAGUUUACCAUAGGGAACUAUGGGAACAUCAUCGAUGGAGUUUCUCCUGUAAAUACAAGUAAAAAGAAAGCUUCUGAAUCUCACCACCCAGAAAGCUCACCCCUUCUACAUGCUGGGGAGGCUGCUGGGGAGGCUGCUGGGGACCAGGAUCCCGUGUCAUGCAAAUCCAGCACCAAAUCAGAGAAGCCAAUGAUAAUGGAUGGCAACAGAAAUUGCUGCUUUUUGCCAUUUCUUAACAGAAAGCCCUGUAUACACGUUGUGAGCUACUGGGAAGGUCAAAUAUUCAGACUUUACUACUCAAACGUCUUGGAGAGAAUAGCAAUUGCAUUUAGUGAAGGCUUAGAAGAAGUGAAAGAACUGGACAGACUAUCAGAUACCACAGCAGAUGAACGGAUGCAGAGUGUUUUUGAAGAACUUGUCAACAGUAGUGGAAAAUUCAUUAAUUUUGCUGAGAAGAAAGUAAAAAUGAAGGAUCUUACUCUUCUGGAUAAGAAGAGGCUUACUCUUUGCAAACAGGAGCUGGAAAGCAUGUUGAGAGAAGUGAUGUUAAUCACGCAACAGAAAGGGAAGAAACUGACUUUGACUGAGAUGAUUCAAGUAGCCCAGAAUUACACGAAGAAACUGUUUUUUUUAGUGGAAGAGCCUCAGCACACUAUCCCGGAUGUAUUUGUCUGGAUGCUCAGCAACAACAAGAGAGUGGCUUAUGCUCGAAUUCCAGCCAAGGAUCUCCUGUACUCUCAAUUGGAAAAUGAAAGGGGGAAGGACUGUGCAAAGAUUAAGACCCUUUUUUUCAAAAUACCUGGAAAGCGAGUCAUUACUGUCCAGGCAAAGGUGGAUGUAUACCUGUGGCUGGGACAUUCUGAAGACUCCCAUGCUGUCCUGGAAAAUUUGCCUGCUGGAUAUGAACCAGAAUUUCUAACCAGUAGCCCUGGCCAUCAUAAUGUUCCUGAUAAUCUGAUAUAUAAAUCACAGCACAUGUUCCAGCUAAGAGCUCACAUGUACCAAGCCAGGGGAUUAAUCGCUGCAGACAGCACUGGACUCUCGGAUCCUUUUGCACAAAUUUCAUUUGGGUCACAAAGCCAAUCCACAAUGAUUAUGAAUCAGACCCUGACCCCCACCUGGAACCAGAUGCUGCUUUUCAAUAACAUUCCCCUACAUGGUGAAGUAAAAGACAUUGCUUGGGACCCUCCCCUUAUUGUCAUAGAGCUCUAUGAUGAUGAUGCACUGGGUAAGGCAGAAUAUCUUGGUUCCACACUGGCUGUUCCUGUAGUCAAGCUGGCUGAGGAGCAUUACACCCCACCCCUGCUUCAAUAUUACCCAGUCUUUUGUGGGAGCAUGCUGGGUGGAGAGCUUCUUGCAGCCUUUGAAUUGCUACAGAUCCCUGAAUCUGAAACCGAACCCGAAACACUUCCACCCAUUGAUGAGCCUGAUGGCCAAAUCUAUCCAGUUCCUGCAAAUAUCCGCCCGGUCCUGAGAAGAUAUAGAGUGGAGGCACUGUUUUGGGGCUUGCGUGAGUUGAAGAAGGUCCAACUACUCUCUGUGGAUCGACCUCAGGUGUUUAUUGAAUGUGCAGGAAAAGGAGUCAGAUCUUCCGUCAUUCAAAGUUACAAGAGCAAUCCGAAUUUCUCUGUACUUGUGGAUGUCUUUGAAAUGGACAUACCAGAGAAUGAGCACCUACAUCCACCUCUUACCAUCAGUGUUGUUGACUGGAGGGCAUUUGGUCACAGCACUCUAGUUGGGACUCAUGUUGUGAACUGUCUCAAACAGUUUUUCUACAAAGCCAAGGAGCUCCCCACCACCCCACGAAAACAAAUACCGGCAGCUAGAGAAGGAGUGAAAGAACCAGAGGAUGAAACAACUGUUAUUGAGGCAUCUCCCCCAGAAGAAACCUAUGUCAAUAUAGAUCCACCACCAACACCAAAAACCCCACCACUGACACAAGUGUACUCUAAGGAUGGUAGAAGAACCUUGAGAAGGUCCACCAAGAGAAGAAAACGCACUGUUGCUGAUGAUUCUGCAGAAAACGUUAUUGACUGGUGGUCUAAAUACUAUGCAUCGAUGGAAAAAGCAAAACAAAAAGAAGCAAGUUUAUAUCAGAAUGUCAAUGACAAUGUGAAUGGAAGUCCUGACAUCUAUUCUUCAAUUGAAGGUGGUAAUAAGAAAAAUAAAUUUGCCAAAAAGAAAGGACAUCUGGAGCAGCCAAACCUGACAACUCUGCAGAUAUAUAACAAAGAGUUGGAAGCCGAGUUCAACAACUUUGAUGACUGUGUGAAAACCUUUGAACUCUGUCGAGGAAAAGCAAAUGAAGAAGACAGUCUGCAGGAAGACAGAGCUGUGGGGAAAUUUAAGGGCAGAUUCUGUGUAUACAAGUGCACUGAUGAGCAUGAUGGUGAUGAUGACGAUGAGAGCAGUCCUGGUGCAGGCCAGUUCAGAAUUCUACAAGGAAUGCCACCCAACCAUGCCAUCAAAGUCUUGAUAAGGGUCUACAUUGUAUCAGCUUUCAAUCUACAUCCAGCAGAUCCAGAUGGGAAAUCUGAUCCUUAUAUUGUACUACAACUGGGAAAAACUCAAAUCAAGGACCGAGAUAACUAUAUCCCCAAGCAGCUGAAUCCUGUGUUUGGAAGGUCAUUUGAGAUCCAAGCUACGUUCCCUAUGGAGUCUUUGCUUUCCAUAUUAAUAUAUGACUAUGAUAUGAUUGGAUCAGAUGACUUAAUUGGGGAAACUAAGAUAGAUCUGGAGAACAGAUUCUACAGUCGACACAGAGCAACGUGUGGCCUAUCAACCGAGUAUGCCAUUGACGGCUACAAUGCAUGGCGGGAUGCAAUAAAACCCACGGAAUUACUAUCCAAGCUCUGUAAAGAUCAUCAGUUGGAUGGACCCCUUUUACGACCUGGGAAGAUUUGCAUCGGAGAUCAAGUCUUUGCUGGAAAAACAGUCUUUGAGGAAGAUGAUGAAAAGGUGGAAUCUUAUGAGCAUCUUGCCCUAAAUGUUCUACAUCGCUGGUCAGAAAUUCCUGAUGCUGGAUGCAGGCUGGUUCCAGAACAUAUUGAGACAAGGACACUCUAUCAUAAGGACAAGCCAGGCAUGGAACAGGGUCAGUUGCAGAUGUGGGUGGAUAUGUUCCCAAUGGACAUGCCUCCCCCAGGACCUCCUGUUGACAUAUCUCCACGAAAGCCUAAAGGAUAUGAGUUGAGGAUAAUAAUUUGGAACACUGAAGAUGUCAUCUUAGAAGAUGAAAACUUUAUUACAGGUCAGCAGUCAAGUGACAUUUAUGUAAAAGGGUGGCUAAAAGGUCUGGAAGAUGACAAGCAGGAGACUGAUGUGCACUAUAACUCGCUGACUGGAGAAGGAAACUUUAACUGGCGUUUUGUCUUCCCCUUCAACUAUUUGCCUGCAGAAAAACUACUGGUUGUGAACAAAAGGGAGAAUAUCUUCUCUUUGGACAAGACCGAACGCAAGCUUCCAGCAGAGCUUGUUCUCCAAGUUUGGGAUUUUGAAAGACUUUCUUCUGAUGACUUUUUGGGGGUCGUUGAACUGGACCUGCAUGGGUUCAGUCGAGGUGUAAAGUCAGCAAAAGCUUGCAACCUGGAUAUGCUGAAGAAUAAAGUUGAAAAAAUCUCAAUUUUCCAGCAAAAACGUGUCAGAGGCUGGUGGCCCUUUGCUAAAUCUGGUGAACUUACGGGAAAGGUGGAAGCAGAGUUCCACUUGUUGAGUGCUGAAGAGGCUCAGAAAUCCCCUGCUGGCAAGGCAAGAAAAGAACCAGAACCACUUGAGAAACCUAACCGCCCAGACACAUCAUUUUCCUGGUUUGUGAAUCCUUUCAAGUGUUUUUUUCACUUAAUCUGGAGAAAUUACAAGAAAUAUAUUAUCAUAGCUUUUGUCUUGCUUAUAUUGGCUUUAUUCAUUCUAUUGCUCCUUUACACUCUGCCUGGUGCAGUCUCCAACAGAAUCGUAAAUGGGUAGAUUCUGCUCACAUAGGCUUCAUACUCAUGAAUCAGGAUGGAUGCAUAUGAAGAAUGUACUACUGAAACGUUUGUAUGGAUUUCUUGAUUUUAUAGAUGGCUAAUUUCCUUAAAUUGAAUGUUUUGUUACCUACAUUUAAGAUGACUAAAACUACCACAGUGCUUCUUUUAGAUGUCUUUUAUUUGCAUAUUCCACUGUGUUAAAAUAAUUUAUAUAUGGCCAAUAGAUACACAGGGCUCUAUUUUGCACUGUGAUGUAAUAAUAAGGCAUGAAUUAUUAAGUUUAGUAAGGUCAAAAAUUAUGCUUUUGAUAAUUACAUUUUAUUCUCAUAUUGCAUGUCCCUUAUACUGGGAUGUGUAACUGAACUUAAAGUAAGCGUUUUGGUACAUAAUAGGACCAUUGAUCUCUGUCAUUUUGGUCAAUUUGAAAAAUAUGCUCAAUUCGUCACAUGAUUCUGCACUACAGGUGUGACAGUUAAGUAAUUUAAUAAACCGUGUUGAAAAUAUGGCUUAGUUCAAUAACCGAGGAGUUUUAAAAGUACUGUCGGGUGUAGUGGGGCCAGAGUAGACCAGAGCGUUGCUCCAGUACUUUCUUGUGAUGCGGCACUGUGCCACCUGUUUAUAUUUAGUAUAUUGUAUAUGUAUAGUGUAUAUAGUACGGUAAAAGUUAGAAUCUGGUAAAUCUUAAGUUUUACUGGUAACUGUGAACAUUUACCAGUAAAGGUGGUAAAUGUCCAGAAUUAUAAAGAAAUAUAUUGCUUUUUGGACAUUUUACCAAAGCUUAUUGGUAAAGGCCCUUGGUUAUUCUUGAUUUACUGGUAUAUGUCUGAAAUAAAGUGUUAUCCUAUUUAUUUCGGACAUUCAUCUCUUUCUUGGUAAAUGUUGACAUUUACCAGUAAAUCUUGAGAUUUGCCAACAUUCAGACAUUCACUGUAACACAUACAUCGCCUCUAAGAAAACAAUCAAACCAAUAUUUUUUUUAUUACCACAUAUUGCAAUCUAUUUAUCAAAGUGUCGGCCCCAAAAUGUCUUAUUAAGCUUGUUUUCCAGGCUUUAAUUUUUCCAACUGCCGUGUGACAUCACUUCAUUUGAAAAAGCGACUGUUUCACAACAUUGCCUCAUUUAUGCACAUUGACUAUAACAAUCAGCACUACAAGUUUUAGGAGUAAAUAAGGACCGCUUUUCAGUCAGAGUUCACAAGCUGACCUCUUUUAAGAGACUCACAGUUCACCUCCAGGUAUUGUGUAACGUUCAUGCCCAGGUUGCUGUUACUGCGAUGGCAAAUUUAGAAGUACUGGUCCAGUCUGGCACCACUACACCCCUGACAAGGAAGUUAGCAAAGUCUGUGCUUCUAUUACUAAAAUAUGCAUUGUAAGCCAGAGUACAGUAUACAUACUUUAGUAUCAGUGCCAUCUACUGUGGGAGUUGAUUUCAGUGUGUGUUUUAUGUCUGCAUUUUUAGUCAAGGAUUCUUUUAGAUGCAAUCAGCCCUAUCCAAAACUGUCUCCAUGUAUUGACUGAAUAAAUGUUGAAAUACAUAAAUACAAACCAGUCCUUUUGUGUUGAUUAUGGUUUAAAUAAGU